AUGGUCAAAAGCGUGUUUUUUAUUGUCGCACUGUGCAUAAGCAACCUGGUGAACGGCCAGUGCGCGAACCCCAAAACCCGACCCGAGAUUCGCUCGAUGGCACCCGACCAGCGCGCGCGCUUCAUUAAGGCGCUGAACUCGAUUCGCACUAAUGGCGACCUAGAGAGACUGUCAAAGCUCCACGUAGACAAUGCUGAGGUUAUUCACGGUCGCCCAGUCUUUUUGGCAUUCCACCGCGUGUUUGUUAACGAGUUUGCAUCGGCUUUGGAUAAAGCCGAUCCCGGUGUGACUGUCCCGUACUGGGACUGGUCCUUGGACGCUACCAACCCGGCGGCCAGCGACCUGUUCACCAACGAUUACUUGGGCGGAAACGGCGCCGGGCCGCAAAACUGCGUUCAGAGUGGCCCCUUUGCCAACUGGCAGUUAAGUGUCGACAGCCCGCAUUGCCUCGCGCGCAAGUUCAACCAAGGAGACAACAUCUCACCCUUCUGGCCGCCCGAGGCACUCCUCAGCAUGCAGAAAACGUGCAUGCAGUACGGUGCACUCUCCAGCGGCAUUGAGAACGGCUGCCAUGGCGCUGUUCAUCUAGGAAUUUCCGGAGACAUGUCGACCAUGUUUGCGCCCAACGACCCCUUCUUCUUCCUCCAUCACCUCAUGGUCGACAAACUGUGGUACGACUGGCAGCUAAUGGAGCCCAAAACGCGUUUCAAUCUUUACGACAGCGCCAAUUAUGAAAAUCAGCCGGUGAAUGCCAAUGACCUGGUCCCGGGCUUUCCCAACGUGCAUAUUCGUGACAUCCUUGACCCACGCGAAGGGCUUUGCUAUGUUUAUGUUGACUCGGGAUCCCGCGAAGCUACUAAGCGGCUGAUGGAUGAGGUUGAUCGCCAGUCCAACCAGCAAAACAGCAAGGCGGCAACCUCGUCUGAAUCGCCGUCCGUGUCGAGCUCCGAGUCGUCCACAACCAAAUCUGCUUCUCCCUCAGAAUCAUCUGCAACUUCAGACACAUCCUCUGCUACGACAUCUUCCUCUUCCUCCCAAUUGCCUGCUUCCACAGCUAGCUCCACGUCUUCUGAUGCAACCAAGUCCAGGUCUUCUACCUUGCCUUCAAGAGCGCCUUCGGACAAGACCAGCCAGAAACAGGCCCCGAGCUCUAACAGUGAUACUCCUGCCUCGUCGGAAGUUGCCGCUGCCGCUAGUGCUGCGGGGAACGGCAUACUCUCUUCCGAGUCCGCCGCUCAGCUCAACGAUCUGACCAAGCAGGUUUCGCGCUUGUCGGGCGACAGCAAUGCUCGUGCCGGUGCCUCUUCUGCCCUGCACAACCAGCAGGUCAAUUUCUUGCAGAACGCAAUCCUUAACGGCCUUGGAGGCAACCGCCCCGGUAGCCUGGCCUCGGCAAUAGUUGGCCGCCACCAUCGCUUCCUGCGCCGCUAUGCUGACGAGCUUGUGCGCCGCAACCCGGAAGAGACCAGGGGAUUGGGACUCGGCGAAAUCCUCGCUGGGCUGGCCAGUGGGCUGCUGGGCAAGGAAGGCGUGGUUGGGCAUUUGGUCCAGGGUCUGAGCAACGUUGUCCAGGUCUUACCGCAAGGUCUGGGUGAGACGCUCAAGGCAGUUGGCAGCAUCGCCGAUGAUGUAGUCGGCGAUGUGUUCAAUAUCCUCAAACUCCCCAAGAUCGACAUGUCCAAGGUUCCUGAGAAGGAGCGCCGGAUUCCCUACGUCGCCCAGCUGCCUGACUGGUGGUACCAAAAAAAUAACCUCAACGCCACCUGUGCUCGCCAGCUGCAGGUCCAGAUCCACGAGAUGAUUGACGGGCUCAAUAGAAUCCCCGGCUACGUCUCCCCGGCAGUCGCCUACUACGCGGCAAAGAAGUACGGAGAUGCCAAGUAG